GCCACGAUGACGGGAUACCAAAUGACAAAAAUGAUAAAAAUCAGGCCAAUUUUUCGUCCGCAGGUUCCCCGGAAUCGGGGGACGAUUCGCUGAGAAAUUAACCUCAAAUCUCCGUUACAGCUGAAUAAAUACGUGCCCAAUGCUCGGUCUCAAUAAAAAUAGCUCACCUCGCAUUGCCUCUAACCUCCGUUGGGCUGCUCCUCCUCAGUGCCAGAUCCACAGCACAAAGCCUAUAAAAAUGGUGGCGUCUACAGAGAACGGAGCAAAGAGCAAGUUGAAGUUUCUUGUGUACGGGCGGACGGGAUGGAUCGGAGGAGAGAUUGGGAGGCUGUGCGAGGCGCAGGGCAUUUCAUACGAGUAUGGAAAGGGCCGGCUGGAGAACAGGUCGCAACUGAUGGAGGAUGUUGAAACUGUCCGUCCUACGCAUGUUUUCAAUGCGGCGGGCGUCACCGGUCGCCCUAAUGUUGACUGGUGCGAAUCGCACAAGGUGGAGACUAUUCGAACUAAUGUGGUCGGGACGAUCAAUCUGGCCGACGUCUGCCGAGAAAAUGGACUAAUUUUGAUCAAUUAUGCCACCGGCUGUAUUUUUGAGUACGAUGACGCUCAUCCGCUCGGCAGCGGGAUUGGCUUCAAGGAAGAGGAUACGCCUAAUUUUGCUGGAUCCUUUUAUUCCAAGACAAAAGCUAUGGUUGAGGAUCUGCUGAAGAAUUUUGAGAAUGUCUGCACACUGCGGGUGCGUAUGCCAAUAUCUGGAGAUCUGUCAAACCCCCGGAAUUUUAUUACCAAGAUUGCCCGCUAUGACAAGGUUGUGAACAUCCCAAAUUCCAUGACUAUUCUAGACGAACUUUUGCCUAUUUCCAUUGAGAUGGCAAAGCGCAAUCUCACUGGCAUUUGGAAUUUCACCAACCCUGGUGUGGUUAGCCACAAUGAGAUCUUGGAGAUGUACAGAGAUUACAUUGAUCCUUCCUACACUUGGAAGAAUUUUACUCUUGAGGAGCAGGCAAAAGUCAUUGUGGCUGCCAGGAGUAAUAAUGAGAUGGAUGCCAGCAAGCUCAAGCAGGAGUUCCCAGAGCUAUUGUCCAUCAAGGAAUCUCUGAUCAAGUAUGUUUUUGAACCCAAUCGGAAGGUCUCCAGGGGUUGAUGUGAUUUGGUUUCUUGAAUGUGUCAUAAGAUUUUCUAGUAAUUUGUUAUUGACCAGGUAUGAAUAUAAUAAAGUAGGCUGCUGCUCAAUUUAAUUAAUAUGUUUAGAUCUAUUUAACCUAAUACUGUCAUGGUUUUUACCGUUAUGGCUUGAUUUGUUUAUUGCUCCAUGAAGGUCAUUUCCUCAUACUUGAGUCCAUUUUCUUUAAAUGGAAGUUAGUACGCUAGAGUCUGUGCUCUAUGGUACUUUUUAUAUACAAAUGUAUUCCUCUUCCAGUCAUCAGGUUGUUACUUCCGGAUCUUUUCCCUUUGUAUGUACUAUCUCAUUUAUUAAAAAAUGCUCUAAUUUCAGCAUUUUGCUCCA